GACAGGGAGGGAGGGGCGAUAGAAACUGAUAGGGAGGAUAAGGAGAUGUGUGAUGUUGAGCUCGAUGGAGCAGUUUGUGUGGAGGAGGGCGAGGGUGUCCCUGUGUUGGAAAGGAAAGACAAGUUAGAUGGAGACAAAGAAGAGAAGGACGAGUGGAAAGUGAGCGAAGAGGGGACAGAGGAGAGGGAGGUAGAAGGAGGGCAGUGGGAGGAGGAGGAGGAGGAGGAGGAGGGUAAAACACAUGUAGAAACAGACGACGAGGAAGAGGAGGGCAGGGGUGUGGCCGACGGCUGUCCCUCAGAGUUCAUCUCGUCCCUGUCCCCGGAGAAGAGACGUCUCCGCGAGCGCAUCGACGAGCUCUCCGAGUUCUACUUCCCCGACGUGGAGGGGGAGGAGCCCGCCCCCGUCUCCCCCCCGUCCCCCGCUCAGACUUCCUUCCCUUCCCUCUUCUCUCACGCUAUCUGCCUCCUCCUCUCCCUCUCCGCCGCUGCCCAGCCCUCCAACCUCACCCUGCUGCUCCUCUCCAUCUUCCUCCUCUCCCUGCGCCGCUCCCCCCCCCUCCCCUCCGUGGCGUCUCUCAUCCUCUCCACGGAGCUCGCCCUCUUGGCGCUCUUCUUCUCGUACCUCUUCCUGCGCUCCUGCUGCUCCCUCUCUCUCUCCACCUACCUGUCGCUCAGCCUGUGGGCGAGCGGGAUCUUCAGUUUAGGGCUCUCCUUCAGUCUGGGGAUGUACUACAUCCCCAUGAUCCUGGUUUCUGCCUCCUUCCUCUCCUCUCCCUCCCUCUUCCUCUCUCUCUACUUGGUGGUGGUGCUGAUUGUCAGGCCGGCCCGAGAAUUCCUCCAGCACGCACCCCGCAAAGUGAACCGCCUCUAUAUGCGGGUUCUUUUCCGCCUGCCUCGCCCUCUGUUCGCCAUGUGCCAGUCGGUUUUCGGCGGCAUGGCAGAGCGUAACCUCUAUGAAAUGUUUCCCAAAGCGGGGCGCAACUGGGGCGGGCGCCAAUCCAAAAUCCCCGUCCCCCUUAAGAGCCUGCCGUUAGAGCACCAGGCUCGCUGCAGUAACGCCUCCCCCCUGGCCAAAGGUCUCAUCUGGGUGAAGCGUUUCAGCCGGCGGCCCCUCGGGGUCCUGGCAGAUCUGGCUAACUCCGUAGUGCUAAAGUUUGCCGAACGGCUCCUCAAAAAGCUGCCUCUAAGUGUCCGGAUCAAAUUCCAAACGCUGGGCCUCACGAGGAGGGAGAACCCGAGCCGGCUCCCCCGACUGCUGCCCAGGGAGGUGAGGGAGAGGAGGCAGAGGGAGAGGAGGGGGAGAGAGAGGGAGAGACAGAGGAGGGAGGAGAGGUUUUUCCGUGAGGAUGUGAGGUGGGAGUGCGGGUUGAGACGAACUUCAUCCGGAAGGUUUGUCAGGGGGAAAGUCCGGCCAUGGAGAUAAGAGUAGAUAAUGAGAGACCAAUGGAUAGAGUGUAAAACAUGUUCUGGUGGUGUGUGUGUUUGUGUGUGUGUGUGUUACCAUGCUCCCUGUCCAACCAUCAUUUGUGUGUCUUUUUGAUUUGGGACCACACGUCUCUCUUAGUUACAUAACUCCCAAACUGGUUUUUGGUCACAUUUCCAAAAGAUGAGACACAGUUCCCCCAACGUGUGUGCACACAAGCCGUACUGUGGUGGGCCGUGCUGAACCCACCAUUACUGUACCAAACCCAGUGAAGUUCCAUUAUUGUGCUUUUUGUAAAAGUUGUUAUUGUUAUUAUUUUGCUCUUAAUUUGUAAGACAUAUUUUAUGGUUAUUUUUGAAGACCAGUUUUGUGCAAUCUUUAGUUUUUCUUUCAUAGUGGUCUUAUCUUCAAAGGGUGCACUGUGAUCUCGGUGCGUAGAACAAAUAUUACAGUGUUGCAAAGCUGGCUAUAAUUUCACUCCCCAAAGCUGAAAACUGUGAAAAGACAUUAAAAUAACCUAAAGAUUUCACUAACGUCAGCCUAACACUAGCCCUCAGUCGGUAGAAAGUGCAAUAAAAAGCUGAACAGAAAAAUCUUGGACAACUGCAGGACGUUUGAUCGAAUUUUAAAGCGUAGUUUAUCUGUUUAGGGGUCCAAAGUGUAAAAUACUUGCUUACGUUGGGGCCAUUUAGCGGGAACAAUAACGCUUGAUAACACAACCAAAGGAUAUUAUUUACAGCUGGUGAAAUCAUACAUUUUACACUCUAGUUAGAUAUACUGUUAUUGCUCUUUAUGCAAUAAUAUUUUUUAUGAUUUACCGUGUAAACAUUUAGAUAUUUGUACCCUAAGUAAUCCUAUUCAUGUUCAGCAGUUGAGUGCCUAGUUACAACUGUUGGCUCGAAUGUUAAUGUCUCUUGUGAAGUGGCGUAUCCUAAAGUAAUAGUGGGAUUAUAAGAAUGCAGAAUAUACGUGGAAGUAGUGAAAUAUAAUAUAAUAGAAAAUGUAUUUAAUAUUUCAAUGUCGCCUAAUUUAUAUGAAGCCAUAUAGACAAUCGUUUGAGACAUGCAAUCGUAAAAUAAGUCCAAAGAUUGAUGCAACUACUGAAUGUGAAAGUAAAAAUUAAGCAGUUAAACAUGAUAUGAAAAUAAGAUAUCCAGUAAUGGCACACGUUUAUUUUUGCACUUUCCAAAAGACAAUUAAAAAAACAAAAGUAGAAAAGCAGAUUACUUCAGAUGAGGGCAAAUAUUUUCACUUUUGCCGUAUACAACUUAAAAAAAAAAAAAAAAAUAGUG